ACUCCGCAAACAACAAAAUCAAGUCAAACGUACGAAAACCCUGGGUUUGGUACACCAAAGCUGAACGUUUCAAACGCAUCGACGGAGAUUUCUGCACAAAAUUCAGGAGUUGCACAUACAACGGACGAAGAUAACCAUUAUUAUGAGUUUGAAAAUUCCAUACCUGGUAUUCAGGUUCAGAAUCUUUGGGAUUACAUCAAAGACAACAAGAACAAAAAAAUGCCAACACUUUUACGACGAGUUUGCUAAGCUACCCAUUGGACUGGUUUAUCAACACAAUGUGGCUGCAAGAGAAGAAUACAUAGGGAAGAACAGAUACAGGGAGAUGUACGCAUAUGACCACUCCCGCGUACCAUUACAGAAGGAAAGGGCUUCCGACUGUGAUUACAUUAAUGCGAGCUACAUAAACGGUUAUGGUAAAGUUCAAAAGUUUAUCGCUUCUCAAGGUCCAACCAAAAACAUGAUCGACGAUUUCUGGCGAAUGGUCUGGCAAGAAAAUGCUGAAAAGAUAGUCAUGCUUACUAACCUGGUUGAAAUGGCGACGGUAAAGUGCCUUCAAUACUGGCCAGAAAUAGACCAAACAUGCUCAUUCGGUGGAAUCGACAUAUCCGUCACUGGUGUUGAGAAGUUUAGAGAUUAUGAAAUAAGAACAAUAAUUACUAAAAAGGCCCAAAGUGAUUCCAGGCGAAUUCAACAGUAUCACUUUAAAGCCUGGCCAGACAAAGAUGUCCCUGACAAUGGAUGGUGUCUUGUUGAGUUUUUGAAUGCUGUCGAAACACAGUCGACAAAUGCACCAAUCAUAGUACACUGCAGUGCCGGUGUUGGUCGGACCGGCACGUUUAUUGCACUUGACAACCUCGUAGAUCAGGCAAGGACUGAAAAAUGUGUUAGACCGUUGCAAAUGGUUGAAGCCCUGAGGCGCCAACGAGUCAACAUGGUUCAGACAAAGGAUCAGUAUGUAUACUUGCACGAAGCGCUUGCCGAAGCUCUGCUGAUGGGCACUGAUCACGUCUGGCAUAGACAGUUUGAAGAGGUCCAUCCCUUCAUGAUGGCAACAGAACCGGGAGAGAAACAAACGAGGAUGGUUAAACAGUUUCAGUUGAUUGAACAAAGUCUUACAAAUGAAGCCCAGCAAAUGCAGAAUGGACCAGAAUAUGGAAACAUGGAAACAAUUCUUUCAGAAAUUGACGCAUAUCGCCCGAAAUUAAAGAAACGAGGUUCAAAUUUUACACCAAAGCUCGGCACAAUCCUGUUGCCAAGCUUUUCCGGGAAGAACACAUUCUUGAUGUGUAAAUCACCAUGUGAAGAACAGCUGGAAGAGUUUUGGUCCAUUGUUGAGGAGCAGCACGUGAUCACCGUCAUUAUGCUUACCUCUACAUCCUGCCGAGCACACAAGACAUGUGUGUACAUGGGCGGAAAUGGAGAUGGAAAAGUUGGACGAUAUUCCGUUAACUUCAUACAAGAACGGAAAAAAAAAACGUGCAAUGAAAGGAGCUUUUCGUUUCGGGACGACAACAAUGAGGACGAAGAUUAUCUAACAACAAUAAAACAGUUUCAAUUCACCGCUUGGACUGAGAACGAAACACUCCCACCAAUGCAAAACAUGUUAGACUGCCUCGAUGCCGUGAGAAAUUGGCAGCCGCACCUAGCCGAAAACAAACCUGUUUUAAUUCACUGCGAGACGGGCCAUCAUAGAUGUGGACUUCUAGCAGUACUUCUAAAUGAGCUCUAUCGCAUGGAAAAGACACGGGGUCAGAUAAACAUCGUGGAAACUGUGAAGACAAUGAAACAGAGAAACAGGGACAUCAUACCCAAUAGUGUCCAAUAUAAAUUCAUUUACGAUUCACUUUUGGAACAUGUCCAGAACUCAACUGUAUAUGAGAACAUCAAAACUUGAAUAUGAUGACAAUGACGCUGGUACUGUGGUGUGCUGCGCUUAAAUAAUAAUUAUAGUUGUAUAAGCAGUUAUCAUGCAUAACGAGACAGAUACUUCUUACUUGAACAUUUGAAACGAGUGCGUGCUGAUGUUUAUGUUUUUAUUAUCAAUAAUCAGGGGGGGGGGGGGGUUCUAUUGCAUAGUUUUUUUUUGUUUUUUUUAUUAUAUAUUACAAUGCAAAUUAAACGCUAGAUAUAAGACAUAAAACAUAAAUGUUUCUCAUGUGUAAUAGUGACGCAUUGUAUUUUUAUAUAUUUGUGUGUUUGGUUGCUAGCAUAGAGAUAUGUUUGGUGAUCAUUUAGUGUCAAGGAAACCGUAAACGUGUCUUGUUUAUAGACACUCAAAUGUGUAAUACGUUUAUAUGUGUUAUGCUUAUAAUGUAUAUUGUACAUGUAUAAAGUUUGUAGCUAACUACACGUGCAACAUAGCAUCAUAUAUAGGUGAAGUACGUUAUUUGGUAUACCAUUAAUAUACCACUCAUAAAAGCAACUGAAUCAAAUUUCCUUUAGGUGCACUUCUGGUACUAUAGAAAUAUAAGUACUCUGUAUUAAAUAACAUGUUGUAGCGUUCCCUGGCCUUAAGAAUGUUAAAAACGUUUGUUAAUACAUUGCACUAGAGAUUUAACUGUUGUAUUGAAAUGUACAUAAUGAAAACUUUGUUAGUGUUACUGGCCGCAUUUAUACUCGUAAGUGUUCAUGAUAAUUCGAUUGUCCUGCAAAUAUUUCAGCACUCUAUCAACGAAAUCCCAAAUCAUGCUGUGUUUCAUGAUGUAUAUAUUCUUGGUAAUAAUAACCUGUAAAUGCUUAUGUUGAUCAGAGACCAAUAAAUUUAUUUCCUAUAUAUUCUAAUAUUAAUUGAGCAAUUUGCACACAAAAUGAUUUAUAUUGUUUCAUGUCAAAACCAAACGACCUACGACCCAUGUUUGGAGUCGGCGUCGCAAGGGCAAUAGGUUGACUAUCAAGUACCCACAGUCACUCUUUAACAAUGUGAAUAAAAGGUUAGAAGGCAUGUCAAAACAGCAAUACAAGUUUUCAUUUGAGCAUUUAAAACUGCUAUGGUUACAAGGAUCAUGAAAUAACGUUGUUUCGUCGAAUGAAGUACACAUCAGCCAUCAAUCUGAUCGCUACUUACAAGCCGGACUGCCUUUGUCUUUAAUGAAAUUACUAUAAUGCUAAUGUGCAUAUCAUAGAAUUCAAUAUAAGGGUUACAAACAUAUAUUCUUGUGCAAGU